AUGGGGAAGGACCAGGAGCUGUUGGAAGCUGCUCGCACUGGAAAUGUGGCUCUGGUGGAGAAACUCCUGUCUGGCAGGAAAGGAGGGAUCCUGGGCGGUGGAUCCGGACCCCUGCCCCUGUCUAAUCUGCUAAGCAUCUGGCGAGGCCCCAAUGUGAACUGCACAGACAGUUCGGGUUACACUGCUUUACACCAUGCAGCCUUAAAUGGACAUAAGGACAUAGUUCUCAAACUGCUUCAAUAUGAGGCAUCAACAAAUGUAGCAGACAACAAAGGUUAUUUUCCUAUUCACCUGGCUGCCUGGAAAGGAGAUGUGGAAAUUGUGAAGAUUCUUAUUCAUCAUGGACCAUCGCAUUCCAGAGUCAACGAACAGAACAAUGAAAAUGAAACUGCCUUACACUGUGCAGCUCAGUAUGGACACUCAGAAGUAGUUGCUGUUCUCCUGGAAGAGCUCACCGAUCCUACCAUCAGGAACAGCAAGCUGGAAACUCCUCUGGACCUGGCAGCCCUCUAUGGACGGCUUAGAGUGGUCAAAAUGAUCAUCAGUGCACACCCUAACUUAAUGAGCUGCAACACUCGAAAGCACACACCACUACACCUUGCGGCACGCAAUGGUCACAAAGCAGUUGUUCAGGUGCUGCUGGAAGCAGGAAUGGAUGUGAGCUGUCAAACAGAAAAAGGGAGCGCACUUCACGAAGCAGCUUUGUUUGGAAAGGUAGAUGUUGUGCGAGUUCUGUUAGAAACAGGAAUUGAUGCCAACAUAAAAGAUAGCUUAGGUAGAACUGUCUUAGACAUUCUGAAAGAACAUCCAUCUCAGAAAUCUCUCCAGAUUGCAAGUCUCUUACAAGAAUAUUUAGAAGACGUGGGAAGAUCAACAGUCCUUGAAGCACACAUACAGGAAGAUACAACACAAGAAACACAUAUAUCAUCUCCUGUUGAGUCUCCUUCCCAGAAGACCAAAAGUGAAACUGUGACUGGAGAAUUAUCGAAACUCUUGGAUGAAAUAAAGCUCUGUCAAGAAAAGGAUUAUUCUUUUGAAGAUUUGUGCCACACAAUAUCAGACCACUACUUAGAUAAUUUGAGCAAGAUUUCAGAGGAAGAACUUGGGAAAAAUGGAAGCCAGAGUGUCAGAACUUCAUCUACAAUAAAUUUGUCACCAGGAGAAGUGGAAGAAGAAGAUGAUGAUGAAAACACUUGUGGGCCCUCAGGACUCUGGGAAGCAUUAACUCCUUGUAAUGGAUGUAGGAACCUUGGCUUCCCCAUUCUUGCACAGGAGUCCUAUCCAAAGAAGAGGAAUUACACUAUGGAAAUUGUACCAUCUGCUUCUCUGGAUACAUUUCCUUCAGAAAAUGAGAACUUUCUAUGUGAUCUCAUGGACACAGCAGUUACAAAGAAACCUUGCUCCUUAGAAAUUGCAAGGGCCCCUUCUCCAAGAACUGAGAAUGCCUCUGAGGUAGCAAUUACUGCUCCAGGAACUAGUAACCAUAGAAACAGCUCCACAGGCCCAACACCUGACUGCUCACCUCCAUCCCCUGACACUGCCCUCAAAAAUAUUGUAAAAGUCAUUCGACCCCAGCCUAAACAACGAACAUCUAUUGUGUCUUCUCUGGAUUUUCAUCGAAUGAAUCACAACCAAGAAUAUUUCGAAAUCAACACAUCUACAGGGUGUACAAGCUUUACUUCCAGCCCUCCUGUUAGUCCACUCACCUCUUCUGUGGCAACCACAGAAGUCAAGAACGAGGGAACUGGCCGUACAGAUGAUCUCUCUCAAGAGGAGGACAAUGAUCCCCCAAAAGAAUAUGAUCCUGGGCAAUUUGCAGGCCUUCUCCAUGGAUCCUCUCCAGCCUGUGAGUCCCCUGAAAAUCCAUUUCAUCUCUAUGGGAAAAGAGAUGAACGUGAAGACGGAAAAGAUGAAGUCAGUUUGACAAAUAGUCCUUUGCCUUUCAAGCAGACUCCAAUAGAAAAUAACUCAGAACCUUUGGUAAAGAAAAUUAAACCCAAAGUAGUCAGUAGAACAAUUUUUCACAAAAAAAGCAACCAACUCGAAAACCAUACCAUUGUUGGCACAAGAACAACUAGGAGUGGAUCCCGGAAUGGGGACCACUGGAUUGUGAACACGGGGGGAUUUGUGGAGAGAGCCUGUACCCUGGGAAGAAUAAGGUCAUUGCCAAAAGCCCUGAUCGACAUGCAUUUAUCAAAAAAUGUCUCUAAAUCGGAUUCUGAUCUCAUUGCCUACCCUUCAAAUGAGAAAACAUCAAGAGUUAACUGGACUGAAUCUUCUACUGCUGAUCGCAGUUCUAAAGGGACUUCUGAAAGAGCGCCAUCCUUCACUUCCGAAUGGGAAGAAAUUGACAAAAUAAUGAGUUCCAUAGAUGUUGGAAUUAACAGUGAACUUGAAGAAAUUAAUGGUGAGAACACAAGACCCAGAUGCCCUGUCCAAACAGUGGGACAAUGGUUGGAAAGCAUUGGGCUACCUCAGUACGAGAACCACCUGAUGGCUAAUGGAUUUGACAAUGUGCAGUUUAUGGGAAGCAAUGUUAUGGAAGAUCAAGAUCUGUUGGAAAUUGGAAUCCUUAAUUCUGGGCACAGACAAAGAAUUCUACAGGCAAUCCAGCUCCUUCCAAAGAUGAGACCCAUUGGCCAUGAUGGCUACCAUCCCACAUCUGUUGCUGAGUGGCUGGAUUCCAUCGAACUAGGUGACUACACCAAAGCCUUUCUGAUUAAUGGCUAUACAUCGAUGGACCUGUUGAAAAAAAUCUGGGAGGUUGAACUUAUUAAUGUUUUAAAAAUCAAUUUGAUUGGCCACAGGAAACGUAUCCUGGCAUCUCUAGGAGACAGGCUGCACGACGACCCACCCCAGAAGCCCCCUCGGUCCAUCACGCUCAGGGAACCCAGUGGUAAUCACACUCCUCCUCAGUUGUCUCCAUCACUUAGCCAAAGCACUUACACCACUGGUGGCUCCCUAGACGUUCCUCACAUUAUCAUGCAGGGCGAUGCAAGGAGGAGAAGAAAUGAAAACUACUUUGAUGAUAUUCCCCGAUCAAAACUGGAGAGGCAGAUGGCCCAGCAGUCGUCUGUCUGUGAAAUAUGGACGAAUCAGAACGCUGGAUUUCCUUUCUCAGCCAUCCAUCAGGUUCAUAAUACAGGAGACUGGGGAGAACCUUCCAUUACCUUGCGACCUCCAAACGAAGCCACAGCCUCAACUCCAGUGCAGUACUGGCAACACCACCCGGAAAAGCUCAUCUUCCAGUCGUGUGAUUACAAAGCUUUUUAUUUAGGUUCUAUGCUGAUAAAAGAGCUCAGGGGGACAGAAUCAACCCAAGAUGCUUGUGCAAAAAUGCGGGCUAACUGUCAGAAGUCUACAGAGCAAAUGAAGAAGGUCCCUACUAUUAUUCUUUCAGUCUCUUAUAAAGGAGUCAAAUUUAUUGAUGCAACAAAUAAGAACAUAAUUGCCGAACAUGAAAUUCGUAAUAUCUCCUGUGCUGCCCAGGACCCAGAAGACCUCUCAACAUUCGCUUAUAUCACAAAAGAUUUGAAGUCCAAUCACCACUACUGUCACGUGUUUACUGCCUUCGAUGUGAAUUUAGCCUACGAGAUCAUCCUAACGCUGGGACAGGCAUUUGAAGUUGCUUACCAGCUCGCGCUGCAAGCCAGGAAAGGGGGGCAUUCCUCCACGCUUCCAGAAAGCUUUGAAAACAAGCCCUCCAAGCCCAUCCCCAAGCCCCGAGUCAGCAUUCGCAAGUCGGUGCAGAUCGACCCAUCUGAGCAAAAGACUCUGGCCAACCUGCCGUGGAUUGUGGAGCCGGGACAAGAAGCCAAGAGGGGAAUAAAUACCAAGUAUGAGACCACGAUUUUCUGAUACUCACCGUCCUCCCGUCCUCGCGGUGCCUUGCACGCCGAGCAGUCCCGGAGCAGGCUUUCCACCCAGCGCAGGAGGAAGACUGCUGUUUGUGUGGCCUUGUCACGGGCGAAAGGCCGCUGGCCAUUCUUGGGGACGUUCUUUCUGCACCAGUGACAGAAAGUGCAACCAAGACUUUCCAGCCGUAACCCCUGAGAGAAAUGAGUUGAGAUUUGUGGCUCACUCUCCCGACUCCCCUCCCUGCUACCACCCAAGGUAUUUCUGGUGACUUUGCCCCAACACUUGCUUUGCUGUAUUUGGGGAUAAUACCUUAAGAAAAAAAAUACAGGGGAUCUCUAAUACUGCCUAAAAGUAUAAAAAUCUUGGGUUUAUUUUUCACUGUCAGCAGUUUUCAAGGUAGAAUGAGAACAGAACUACCCCCAGAAAGCAUCUGUAAAAUCAUUAUCUCACUGAGUAUCGUUUCAUGCAAAAGGACAAAAAGUACCCCUGAUUGCCAGGAAAUCCUAUUUCCCAAUUUCUAUAUUUGUGGAUUUUAUAUGUAA